AUGGAUAUUGUCGAUAAGCUACAGGGAUUUCCCCGUUUAAAGAAGGUUCGCGUGUGCAUCGGGACGAAUGGGAUGGGCGGGAGCGCGUCGGCGGGGAGACGUGACAAUAGCGAGGCUUGGACCAAGUGCAUGCGCUACGCCGAGAUUGGCGCCUCGGUGGAUAAGUUCCUGUUUCUCGCCGCGAAAUCCGGAAGCGCGGAUGUUUUCUACAGUAGCAUCGGCGGGGGUGUCGGUGAGAUGGCGGAAGGCGCGCAGCGCGGGGGAAUGCUGGGAGGGACGCGGCAAGGGGGACAGCACCGUGCGGGGACUUCAAGACAAGGGGAAGCGUCGUUUGCGAAUGGGUUUGAUGCGGUGGAAGGCGGCGGGGGGGAGGACAUGCGCGGAGCGCACGGAACUGCCCGUUUGGAGCGCGGACGAGAGGAAGAAGGGGAGGAGGGAGAGGGGGAGUGGGAGGGGGAGGGAAACGAGAGGGAAAGGGGGCAGCAGCAUCAGCAGCCGCAGCAGCAGCCGCAGCAGCAGCAGGGAGGAGAGGGCCAAUUUGGAUUUUAUUUCCCCCAGGCUUACAUGGCACGAGAUGAUGCAGCAGCAGCAGCAGCGGCAGCAGUUGACCUAACCCUUAAGCAAGUCAUGGGCCCUAGCGACGACUCUUUAAAGCGCAUGAUGCCUGUUAUAAUCUUCGCCAUUAUAAGGGGCUUUGACGAGUUCCGCGACGUAAUUCCCUGUCUAUUGUUGAAAUUACCCCUGCUGAAGCAGCUGCUGCUGGUUGACGUCACUGACAACGUCACCAUCCACAUGCGCCCGCACCACAUGGCGCAGCUUCGGCGGGCCAACCGACGGGCGUUUGGCGGGAGCCUAGGCUUGGAGAGCCUAGGCUCGGAAGGUUUAGGUCCGGAGAGUCUAGGUGUGGAAAAUAUGGUUUUGGGGGACGGGAGAGGCACGAGCGUGAGCGUGGGAGUAGGGGUGAGAACAGGCAGCACGAGCGUGGGCAUGGGGGCAUCAGAGGCGUUUGGGGAUGAGGAGUUUCGGCCAGAGCUGCUGGGAGCUGGCGCUGCUGCCUACACCGCUUCACUCACUGCCCCCGCUGCUGCUGGCUCUGCUGCCUACACUGCUUCACUCGCUGCUCCCUCUGCUGACGCUGCUGCAUACACCCCCUCGCUCACCCCCCCCGCUGCAACCUCACCCUCAGACACUCCACUCUCCCCUGCCCGCUCACCCCCCCCCGCUACCCCUGCCACUGCCCCUUCUGCUGCCGCUGAUCCUGCCCCUGCUCCUCCUUCUGCUGCUCAUCAAGCCCCCCUCGUGUUAGAGACCGAGCAAGCCCCCGUGUUAGAGACAGAUGCUCCUGCAGAACUGCUGUCCAGGCGCGACCUGUCUUCUCACCCCGACUCGCCCAACUUCCACGUGUCGUUCUGGCGCACCGACAGAGUCCGGGUGGCUUAUCCGCUGCCACGUCAGCACCAGGAGCUGACUGACGUGUCAGUCUGUGUGGCCACGCAGGACUCUGUUGCGCUGGAUGACGCUGACGUGGCGGAGCUUGCCAGGUCAGCUGUCGGUGGGCCGGUGCUGGCUGCCACCGUGGCGUUUCUCAACAGCCACUCAUCCAUGCAUGCACUGUAG